CGUACCGAAUAGUAGCCUAAACGCUGACUUGAUUUUAACCAUUCGGACAUUAAUUAAUUUAAUUUUUAUUUACCUUUAUGCCGGCUAUACGACUUGAGUUCGUAAUUAUUUCAUAGGGUAAAUUAAAUAAUGGGGUGAAUGAUUGUGUAGCUAACAUACGGGAAUUAAAAGCUACAGGUGAUAUUCACUGGCCCUAAAUAAGACGCCAUUUUUAGCUAUUUUGUCUUUGUUACUCAGUCAGUUUGGGGCAUAUUGUUGUUAGACCUUUUAUUAUUAUUUUUUGCAAUAAUUUUUAUUGUGAUCGUCUCCGCCACAUGUUCAGUAGGGCGUCUAAAUCUGCUUACAUAGACAUGUCUGAUAUUUCUAGACUGUUCUCUGCGUGUGAUGUAAAUAAAUCAGGCAGGAUCGAAUAUGACUUUAUUGUGGUUUGCAGGGAGCUCAGUGUUCCCUACAGUGAAGUUGAGACAUUAUUCGGCGAGUUCGAUCAAGAUGGAGACGGAUGUAUCGACUUCAGAGACUUCUCCGCGCGUUUUAAUGAAGUGUCCGACACACUGGAUUUAGCCUCCUUCGGAGAGUCUCUCGUCCGGAGAAACACUUUGGAGGAAUUUGUGGAUAGGAUGGAUGGCGAGAUUUCAUUUUUGGAAAAGUUGGAGGUGGUGACUGCCCACCAGCUGACUGAGCUAGAGGAGAAUCUACAGAAGCAGCUUGCCCAUGUGGAGGGGAGGGAGGGAGGGAGGGAGGGAGAGAGGGAGAGGGAGAGGGAGAGGGAGAGGGAGAAGGAGCUGCAGGAACAGCACAGGGUAUGUGCAGUGAUUGCUGUGAUGGACGAGAAGCAUGAGAGUGAGGUCGCAGAGCUGCAGGACACCGUGGAAAGACUUCAAAUGAACCAAGAAGCCUGGCACACAAACUCCAGAGUGGACGUCUGCUAUCUGAAAAGCCAAAUCCAAGAGAUGACACUAGAAAGUGAUGAGCUGAGGCGAUCACUCCUCAGGGCUCAGGGGAAUAUCAGUGUUCUGCAGACAGAGGUGGAGAGACUGAAUGGUGAAAGUGUGAACAAAUGCAUGGACGAGAAGAGUAAUUUGGGGCUGGAGUGCGACGGGGAACCAGGCAUGCUGACAGAGUGCCAGUCCUAUUCCAGUCGAAUACAGGUCCUUCAAGAGAUGAAUAAGCAGCUGCAUGACCGCAACGAUGGGCUUCACUCUGCCCUGGUCCGGACCAGGUCAGGAAAAUGGAGGAUCAUUCCAAAUGAUGCAGAUCUCCUUUGGAAGUUGAAGCCUAUUCGACAGAGUACUCUGAACUACAGCAGCCUGCCUGUUGAGUGUGGUACAUCGUACCUGGACAGCGGCCUAUCCCUGACGGCAGACACAGAUGCUACUGGCAGCUCCAGCAGUGAGUACGACAGCGAAGAUGACAGCCAGGUCUCCACAGAGACAGCCCUCCACAGCUGUGUCUCCUCAGAUGUUGAGGCGUCAGAUCUGAGGUUGGAGGGUGCGGUUUCCAUGGUUCCCAGCACAUGCAGCUCUGUCUCAACCACUCGCAGACGCCUCUCAGCCUUUUGCUGUAAGGAGGCAGAUUCAUUUGUGUCUGAGCCCAAGGAGGGUGUACCCAUAUACAGGCUGGUUCUGGCAGGAGACUCUGGUUCAGGGAAGUCCAGUUUCCUCUUACGGCUGAGCCUAAAUGAUUUCAGGACGGACAUGCAGACCACUCUGGGAGUAGAUUUCCAUACAAAGACUAUGUUGGUUGAUGGAGACAGGACUGACCUGCAGAUUUGGGACACUGCAGGACAAGAGAGAUUCCGCAGUAUCACCAGGUCAUACUUCCGCAAAGCACAGGGUGUGCUACUGCUAUAUGACGUCACCUCUGAGAGGAGCUUCCUCAGUGUGCAAGACUGGAUGGACCAAAUACAGGAGUGUGCAGAGGAGCGUAUCCCCAUGUGUUUGAUUGGGAACAAGACGGACCUGCGAGCAGGGCUACCGGAAGGCAGCUGUGUAAGCCCUGCUCAUGGAGAGAGGUUGGCUAUGAUGUACAAUGCCUUGUUCUGUGAGACCAGCGCUAAAGAGGGAACCAACAUUGUUGAAGCUGUCCUUCAUCUCGCCAGUGAACCUGGGGUUUUAAAAGCGGAGACCGGGAGUCUUCAAGAGAGAAGCUGCCGGCGGAGAAACAACCUGCAUGUGUUCGUUAUAAAAGAAAAUAAAAACAGAAAACAGAAAAAAAAAAAAAACCGUGUCUUGUGUUCAUGUAACAAAAAGCCAGGUCGGCUGAAAUAAAAGAGCACGUGAGUGCGGAAAGAA